GUCGUUUUUAUGAGUCCAAAAUCACUUGAUGAUCGUAAUUCCAGCAGACGCUGGCGAUCAUAUGCUAACUUACUGAGUGGAUGCAAAGUUUGUAGCGUUUUAGGCGGCGUAUUUUGCUCAAAUACUCGCAAGUUGUCGAGAGCCCAUGCAGCCGCAGCCAUUUUGGGCGCCGCCAUCUUUCUGAUUCUUUCUGAUUUUCCCUUCACGCCUUGGUUCUGUACAGGUACUCGGCUGUUCUUUAUAGUCGGUUGCUAAACCGACCCGGUCUGAAUCAUCUUCAGACGUUUUCACACAGCAGAAAAAAAAACGUAACCAGAACAAGAGAGGGAAUCAGUCUGUCAGGAGGUUAAAUGAUCAAUUAACAACUGGUGACUCAGCAGGCGGCCAUGUUUCUUCAUGCUCUAACUGUGUGUAUGUGUGUGUGUGUGUGUGUGUGUAAUGAGCAGGAUUUACAACCCUCUCAGUGAAUGACGUUGUGGUUCUGCAGCACCAAAAUGCUGCGUCACUCUGACUGACACUCAGAAGCUAAAAUUAACGUUUGUUUUUCUUUUGGAAGAUGAACUUCUGACUGAGUCUUUAACCUCCAGCAGGUUUUCAUUUAGGUUGGUUCUGAAUUUGGCUCAUUUAUUUUUCCUUUACUUCUAACAUCUUCCCUCCCUGCAGCAUGAAGCUGCCACCACCAUGUUCUGGGUUCCCGACCCGGUGGUCAGCCAGCGCCCCCUCAUAGUUCUGAGUUAAAAUGUUUUUAAGUUGAGAGAAAGUUUGAAAAUGUCACUUGAUAAUUAUGCGUUAUCGGAAGAUUAAUACCUGAAAACCAAUUCUACAGUCUUAAUGAAGGCAAACAUUAAAAGAACUAAAAUAAAGGUGGUAUUUCUCUGGGAGAAACUCUGGAGGUUCUGCUGAGGCCAUGCAGCGUUUUCUAGAAUGAAUCCCUCUGCUGCGUUCAGCUGGUCUGAGAUCAGGCUGAUGAAGUCGGUCACAUUUAGACUCGCCUACGUUGACCCUCCUUCUGAUGUGUAAAUAAAACACUGAGAGGCAGGUGUGUUUAACCUGCCAAUAAAUCACCAACAUGUAGUCUGGAGCUCAGGGGAAGUACGACUGCAGACAGGAAGUGGCUGAGGCGUGUGCUGGGAGGAGGGACAGGUGAGGGCGUGUUGUUGGCCAGGUGUUCUUAAAGCUACAGCAGAGCAGCAGACGCUAACUUCCAGAGAUGGCACUCUACAAGGCGAUCUGCGUGGCGGCGCUGCUGACUCUGUUUACUCAAGAAUCUUCUUCUCAGUUAUCAGAUUGUGGUCAACCAAAACUAAACACCAGGAUCGUUGGAGGAACGGUGGCUCCUGAAGGGUCGUGGCCCUGGCAGGUCAGUCUGCACGGCUCCUCGGGCCACUUCUGUGGAGGAUCUCUGAUCAACAACCUGUGGGUUCUGACUGCAGCUCACUGCGUCCCAAAUGGCAACCCGUCCGUUAUCAGCGCCGUGUAUCUGGGCCGUCAGAGUCAGGAGGGAAGCAACCCAAACGAACAGCGUCGGACAGCGGUGCAGAUCAUUGUUCAUCCUGACUACAACUCUCCUGUCUCUAAUGACGACAUCGCCCUGAUAAAGCUCUCCUUAGCCGUACCGUUCAACAACUACAUCUCGCCGGUCUGCCUGGCGGCGGCGAGCAGCACCUUCUACAGCGGCGUCGACUCCUGGGUCACUGGCUGGGGCAACAUUGGAUCUGGUGUUUCUCUUCCAUCUCCUCAAAACCUCAUGGAGGUGAAGAUACCGGUUGUGGGCAACAGACGGUGUAAAUGUAGCGGCUAUAAAACGACCGACAUCACUGACAACAUGAUCUGUGCGGGAUUACUGGAGGGAGGAAAGGACUCCUGUCAGGGAGACUCAGGAGGUCCGAUGGUCAGCAAACAAAAUGGCCGCUGGAUUCAGUCAGGAAUUGUGAGUUUUGGCGUUGGCUGUGCUCAGCCAAAUUACCCAGGAGUCUAUGCCAGAGUCUCCCAGUAUGAGAGCUGGAUCAAAGCCCAGAUCGCCACCAACCAGCCGGGCUUCAUGACCUACACAUCAACCGGAACCAACAGCGACCUCAGCGUCUCCUGCACUGGCGUGCCACCAAUCACGACCCCCACACCAACAAUAUACUGCGGCCGGGCCCCACUGAACUCUGGUAUUCUGGGCAGUAGUUCUGUGGCGGCAGCUGGUGAGUGGCCGUCCAUGGCGAGUCUGCAGAAGAACGGACAGCAUGAGUGUGGAGGAACUCUGGUGUCCAGGGAGUACGUUCUGAGCAACGCUGCCUGCUUCUCAGAAUCUCCUAAUGUGUCUCAGUGGACGGUGGUUUUGGGUCGUCUGAAGCAGAAUGGGUCCAACUCGUUUGAGUCAUCGUUCAAUGUGUCGAAUAUCACCAUGAGCAACCUGACCGGGUCCAACAUCGCAUUGGUUCAGCUGUCCACGAGCCCCACCCUGAGCAACUACAUCCAGCCCAUCUGCCUGGACAACGGCAGAACCUUCCCGGUCGGAUCCAGCUGUUGGGCUGCUGGCUGGAGCUCUGGGCGAGGAGGAGUCGAGGAGCUUCUGCAGGAGUUUCAGACGUCGGUGCUAACCUGUGAAAAUGUUUCCUCCACGGAGAACAUCUGCACCACAGAGUUCACUCUGGAGAAGGGUGACCUUGGUGGUCCGCUCAUGUGCCAGCAGGACGGUUCUUGGUUCCAGGCCGCCGUGGUUCUGACCUUGAACUCCUCUACCAGCCAAACUCGAGCCAACACGAAUGUCUUUGUCAAACUCAGUAAAUUUAACGACUUCCUGACUCGGAUACUCGGGGUCUUCUUGACUCCAGAACCCUCCGCUAAUGCCACCGUCCCCACUGCCUCCAGCAGACACCCUGAGGCUCACUUCCUCUUCCUCUUCUUCCACCUCCUCAUCCUGCUCUUGUGUCUGCAGCUCUUCUCAUAGAAGGCUGGGUUUGGGAGCCUAAAGUCUGACCAGAUCUUCCCCUUUCUACAUGUUUAAACGGGUUCUCUGAGCGGUUUCUCGGUGGUUCUUUGGGUUGAAGGUGGAAGGAGGUGCUGGUUGAUGAAUCAAGUCUUUGUGAGGAUUUAUCGGCUGAACAUUCAGGUUUCCCUUCCAAGGAGACAGAAUUAAAUGUGUCUUGAUCAAAAGUUCUCCAGAUCUGCUGAAGGUUCCUCAAAGUCUUUCUUGAUUUCACCUGGAGGAAGUCUGGAUUCUCCGGUUCUGGUCCAGCUGGAGCUGAUUAAAGGAGUCAGAAUGAAGAAUUUUAACAGCUGCUGAUAUUUUUGUCUGAAACCAAACAGAUCAGAUUGUUUUAUUGUUUAGAAGUCUUUAUCUCACAAACCUAUUAUUAUCUAUCUAUUAUUAUUAUCUACCUAUUAACACGUAUCAUUCACAACCAGUAUCUGCACUAAUAACUAAUAAUAGUAUUGAUAAUAAUCAUAAUAAUAAUUAUUAUUAUUCUGUGUUGAUUCUUUGUCUUCACAGGAAAAUGUUUUAAAUUAACUGAUUGAUUUUAUGUCUGUUUCAUAUUACAGUUGUUUACAUAAUUAUCUAUAAAAUGAAAAUAAAUAUAUGUUGAGUAUUUACUGUGUAACGUCCCCAAACACUGGGGCGUGGACCGGCACCUGUCCGUGUGCUGCUCAGUAACGGGUCGCAGACGGGUCAGGUUCUCUGAUUCAAUAAAUUAUUUCUUAUUUGUUCAAAUUAUUGUUUCUUUCUAUGAAGACUGAAAAAACCUUCAUGAUUUGCUAGAAUUGACCUUUGAACUGUUUUGUGUUCAGCCAGCUUCUCCAACAGUCAGUUGGAGUUCUGACCCGUUCCUCCUCACAGAACCUUGAAGCUCCACCCACUAAUGUCCUCUGGACUCAGAACCAUUGGGGGUCAGAGGUCAGGGGUCAGGACUUGGACACAGUAGAACAUUUCUGUAUUAAACUCAUUUUAUCCGUUUUGAUGUUCUGACAAACUGAACGUUAUACUGGAUUUCACCUUUUUGAAUUAAAAAUGUGAAAUAAAUGAAUUUCCGUCCAGUGAGUGGACCGCCUGGCAGAGUUUCUGGAAGAUCGCCGUCGUUCGCAGAAAGUUUUUAAUAAAUCAAGUUUGAAACCUUCCAGGAAGUCGAGAGCUGCUUUUCGUCAUUACUACGGCAGAUCGUGCAGCUGCUCUGCUGCCGAUCAGCUGAUCACAUCCAAUGACACUUACCAGGUUUGGACCACAGCAUUCCUGUCGUCAUGGCGACCCACCGAUUAUUUCAUGUCGUCUCCACACACAGUGAUUAGUGGAAGGGUUUAUUUGUAUUAAAGGAUUCAAGGAUUUCUUUAUUUUCAUACCAGCCUUGAUUGUGGUACGAAAUUCAGCCUCAGUCCUUCAUGAUGAGGAGCGUCUUCCUCCUGCAUCGUGCUGAUUGGAGGUCAGAGGUGGAGGGAAGGCAGCUCCCCACAGUCCUCUGUGCAGCCUUGACCCUAACCUCUGCAGAGCCGUCCUGUGCCACACGCUGAUGCAGGUGCAGAGAACACUCUCCACCACACAGCAAUAGAAGCUCCUCAGGACUGAGAAAUAAACGAAAACUGAAAUGUUGGUUCUGAAUAAACUUAUUUUUAUGUCAUGAUU